AUGUUCUGUAAAGUCUCUAUUCUUUCCAUUCUGGGUCUGAUCCUGGCUGCAUCAGCAUUUCCACCAAAUCCAGCAGUUCUCAAGAAAUCCCACGGAGCAUUCUGUCACCUUUGUGAGGAUCUAAUAAAGGAUGGAAAAGAAGCAGGAGAUGUUGCAUUGGAUGCAUGGCUCGACGAAGAGAUCGGAACUCGCUGCAAGCAGUUCGGAAUUCUUGCUUCGGAAUGCCUCAAGGAACUGAAAGUGGCUGAACAUGACAUCUGGGAGGCUAUUGAUCAAGAUAUUCCAGAAGAGAAAACUUGCAAAGAUGUUGAAUUAUGCUAA